CCAUAUUAACCGCUUCUUUUUCGAAUAAACGAUCAGAAGACUCGCGGAAUUUCUAGAAGCUACUCUCAGACCCUAGCUCUUUCCACGAUUACAUUAACGAUAGUAAUUAGCACAACCACGUAAUUGUUCUGUUACAUUCUACAUGGCGUCCGAUUUCAAAGAAACUGGAUUGAAGAAGCUCGAGUACUUGUCACUCGUUUCCAAAGUUUGUACGGAGCUUGAGAGUCACCUAGGGUUUGGCGAUAAGGUAUUGGCUGAGUUUAUAAUUGAAUUGGGGAAGAAUUGUGUGAGUGUGGAUGAUUUCUAUGUGAAAUUGAAAGAGAAUGGCGCCGAGAUGCCUGAUUAUUUUGUUCGUACUUUGUUGACUAUAAUUCAUGCUAUUUUGCCCCCUGAAUUGAAAUUGGGGGAUGAUAAGGAGGAGGUUGGGGAAGGGAGUAGUUGUAAAUCCAGUUUUCCGGGUUUGAAUAUCGGGGAUAGUAAGGAUAGGGUUAGGGAGUUGGAGAGGGAGAUUGCUUUCGAGGCUGAGGAGAGGAGGCGUGGGAAAGGACCGAGGGAAUGUAUGUAUAGGGAUGGCGGUAGAGGUAAAAGUAAGAGUAGGCACGGAGGUGAAAGGGAGAGGUGUAGAGAUAGGGAUGUUGGAGAUGAGAGGGGUGAUUAUAGGAAAGCAAGUGGGAAUGAGAGAGAUGGAGGGAACGAGGGUGAUGGUGAAUUAAAGUGUGUUGAGCCGGAGUUGUAUAGGAUUUAUAGAGGGAGAGUGUCGAGGGUGAUGGAUUCGGGUUGUUUUGUUAGGUUAGAUGAUUUUAGGAAUAAAGAGGGGUUGGUUCAUGUGUCACAGAUAGCAAGUAGGCGGAUUCCCAAUGCUAAGGAUGUUGUGAAACGUGAUCAGGAGGUUUAUGUCAAAGUGAUUUCUAUUUCAGGUCACAAGUUGAGUCUAUCUAUGAGAGAUGUUGAUCAGAAUACGGGUGAUGAUCUUUUGCCUCUGAAGAAAAGUUCUGGGGAUGUGGAUGUUGUGAGGGCAAAUCCUUCAGCUUCCCACAAGGGAAGUGCAACCAGGACCAGUCUUUCGGGGAUCAGAAUCACGGAAGAGGAUGAUGCGGGCCCAUCACGCAGACCUUUGAAGAGGAUGAGUUCACCUGAAAGAUGGGAAGCCAAACAGCUGAUUGCAUCUGGUGUUUUAAGUGUAAAUGAGUAUCCUAUGUUUGAUGAUGAAACAGAUGGUCUGCUUUAUCAGGAGGAAGGUGCUGAGGAAGAACUGGAAAUUGAAUUGAACGAGGAUGAACCGGCAUUUUUAAACGGUCAAACACGAUUUUCAAUGGAUUUGUCACCAGUUAAGAUAUUCAAGAAUCCCGAAGGGUCUUUGAGUCGUGCAGCAGCCCUUCAGUCAGCUCUUAUAAAAGAGAGGAGAGAAGUGAGGGAACAGCAGCAGAGAGCCAUGCUUGAUUCCAUCCCCAAAGAUCUUAACAGACCAUGGGAAGACCCUAUGCCUGAGACGGGUGAAAGGCAUCUGGCCCAGGAGCUGAGGGGUGUUGGUUUGUCUGCAUAUUCGGUACCUGAAUGGAAGAAAGACACGGACAGUAAAAUUCUCACAUAUGGGCAGAGAUCGAAGCUGUCCAUUCAAGAACAGAGGCAGAGCUUACCCAUUUACAAAUUGAAAAAGGAACUUAUACAGGCUGUGCAUGAUAAUCAGGUUCUAGUUGUCAUAGGUGAGACGGGUUCGGGUAAGACGACACAAGUGACACAGUAUCUUGCUGAAGCAGGUUAUACUACCCAUGGCAAGAUUGGAUGUACCCAGCCCCGUAGGGUGGCUGCUACAUCUGUGGCUAAGAGAGUUGCUGAAGAGUUUGGCUGUCGUAUAGGUGAGGAAGUCGGGUAUGCUAUCCGGUUUGAAGAUACCACAGGUCCAGACACUGUUAUAAAGUACAUGACUGAUGGUAUGCUCAUGAGAGAGAUUCUUAUUGAUGAGAAUUUAUCUCAGUACUCUGUCAUUAUGCUUGAUGAAGCUCAUGAGAGGACGAUUUACACAGAUGUCCUUUUUGGAUUGCUUAAGAAGCUAGUUCAAAAGAGGCGUGACCUUCGUUUGAUUGUCACUUCUGCCACUUUAGAUGCUGAGAAAUUUUCAGGUUAUUUUUUCAACUGCAAUAUAUUUACCAUCCCUGGAAGGACUUUCCCUGUAGAGAUUCUUUACACCAAACAGCCAGAAAGUGACUACCUAGAUGCAGCUCUUAUCACCGUUUUGCAGAUUCACUUGACAGAACCUGCAGGUGACAUCCUUCUCUUUUUGACUGGUCAGGAAGAGAUUGAUUAUGCUUGUCAAUGCCUUUAUGAGAGGAUGAAAGGGUUAGGUAAGAAUGUAGCUCAACUAAUCCCUUUACCAGUCUACAGUGCCCUUCCAAGUGAAAUGCAGUCCCGUAUAUUUGAACCUGCUCCUCCAGGAAAGCGGAAAGUGGUAAUUGCAACCAAUAUUGCCGAGGCAUCACUAACCAUAGAUGGGAUAUACUAUGUCAUUGAUCCUGGUUUUGCAAAGCAAAAUGUCUAUAAUCCUAAGCAAGGGCUUGAUUCACUGGUUAUAACGCCAAUCUCACAAGCAUCAGCUAAGCAGAGAGCUGGGCGUGCAGGUCGUACAGGGCCGGGGAAGUGUUACCGCCUUUAUACAGAGAGUGCCUUUCACAAUGAGAUGCCUCCUACGACAAUACCAGAAAUUCAGAGAAUAAACCUUGGUUUUACUACACUUAGUAUGAAGGCAAUGGGGAUAAAUGAUCUCCUCUCUUUCGAUUUUAUGGACCCACCUUCUCCUCAAGCUUUAAUUUCCGCUAUGGAACAACUGUACAGUCUAGGGGCUCUGGACGAGGAGGGACUUCUCACGAAAUUGGGUAGAAAAAUGGCUGAAUUUCCACUUGACCCCCCCUUGUCGAAAAUGCUUCUUGCUAGUGUAGACCUUGGUUGUAGUGAUGAAAUUCUGACUAUUAUUGCCAUGAUUACAACUGGCAACAUAUUUUAUAGGCCCAGGGAGAAACAAGCUCAAGCAGAUCAGAAGAGAGCGAAAUUUUUUCAGCCCGAAGGAGAUCAUCUAACUCUGCUUGCUGUAUAUGAGGCUUGGAAAGCAAAGAACUUUUCUGGACCAUGGUGUUAUGAGAAUUUUGUCCAGUUGCGGUCUCUAAGGAGGGCUCAAGAUGUUCGGAAGCAACUUGUGGCGAUUAUGGAUAAGUACAAAUUGGAUGUUGUGAGUGCUGGAAACAAUUUCACCAAGAUAAGGAAGGCCAUAACAGCGGGAUUUUUCUUCCACGCAGCUAGGAAGGAUCCACAAGAAGGUUACCGGACACUGGUGGAGAAUCAACCUGUAUAUAUUCAUCCUAGCAGUGCUCUUUUCCAGAGACAACCUGACUGGGUUAUCUACCAUGAGCUGGUAAUGACAACAAAGGAGUAUAUGCGUGAGGUAAUUGUUGUUGAUCCCAAGUGGCUUGUGGAACUGGCACCAAGGUUCUUUAAAGUGGCAGAUCCAACUAAAAUGAGUAAGCGCAAGCGUCAAGAACGUAUUGAACCGCUUUACGACAGGUAUCAUGAGCCGAACUCUUGGCGCUUAAGUAAAAGGCGUGCGUAGACUGAGCUCUUCGCUAUGAUUUUAGGCUAGUAAUAGCACUGGGUUAAUGUUGUAAAUUGUGCCUUUUGAUUGAAAACUUGAAUUUGUACCUGAAUAAUCCUUGAUAGAGUAAUGGAGGGUUGGUGGUGUUGCCUUUUGUACAUGUGAUGUUUAAUAAUGAUGUAAUUUCGUUAUA